CAUAGCCAUGCAGGUGUGCUUUCUUUACUCUCAAAAACACUCAUACAGCAAGCAGUCUCCAAAUAAGCUUCAGAUUUCUCUUUUUUUAUUCACACUUGGCUGUGUGGUCUUCAUCUACAGCGUUACUUAGGAUGGCCUCACAAUUCAGGCCCUGCUUCCACGUUACUGUCGUGUUGUUGUGCUUUACAGUGGGCAGAAGUGACAUUUCCUGCAGAAAUGAAGCUGGUGAACCUGUCGACUGGUUUAUCAUCUACAAACUGCCAAAAUACAGGAUUGAGGAGGUAGGCAGUGGUGUGGAGUAUAUGUACCUGGACUCAGCAGUUGGGAGCUGGCAGAGGAGUAAAUUCAUGCUUAACACAACCCAGGGAGCCAUGGCCAACACUCUGAAUCAACUGUACAAAGGAAAGGCCUACUUGUCAAACAGCUCUGUAUACGCACUCUACAAUGACGGCCCACCAGAGAUGAAAUACAUCCACACUUACGGACACACUAAAGGUGUUCUGUUCUUUGACCACUUUCAAGGUUUCUGGCUUUCCCACUCCGUUCCCCAUUUCCCCUCGUUUCCUGAGCGAGGCUACCAGUACCCCUCCUCUGGCAAACAUAACGGCCAAACUGCCCUGUGUGUAACCUACCAGUAUGCACAGUUUCUCAGAAUAGCGCAGCAGCUGGUCUAUGUUUACCCACGUUUCUACAACUGUUCGGUUCCCUCUGUGUUCUCGGCCGACCUGCCACAGCUCCUUAAGCUGUGUGAGGGUUCCAAACUGCCACUGACCUCCAACAAGGGAGUGAAACCGCUUUUUUCCAUCAGAGGGGAUAGAUUUGUCAGCUUUGUGAAAUCUGAGCUCUUUGUGGAUGAUAUCUACACAGGCUGGGUGGCUCAGGUAUUGGACACCGAUCUUUUAGUGCAGACUUGGCAAACCCAAGGCCGAGAGCUGCCCUCCAACUGCUCACUGCCGAAGCACACCUUGAACAUCAAGAGGACUCAGCUUCCCCCAUCAGUCCAGUUCCAGUCUCAUUAUGACCACUCAAAGUGGUGUGUGUCGCAAGCUUAUGAGGACCAUGUGACCUGCCUGGGGGAUCUGAACAGGGUCAAGGCUCAGAUGUCACGUGGUGGGGGGCUCAUCUGCUCCUACAACCCUGUAAUUUAUAAGGCCUUCAGACAGGCCGUGGACUGGUACAUUAGCUGCUAAACAAAAUUGAAUGAUAGGAUUUUUGGUAUGAUUGGGGUUAAUUCUUAAUGUAUACAGUUAAGCAUGAAGGUUUACCAUUUUAGAUUUAAAAAGAUGUAGCUUAUAAGCAUCAGAUAAAUUCAAUUUAACAAACCGCCUUCUUUGACCACAGUUAAGAUAUUUUGAACUUGAAUUGAGUGCAUUAUUGUAACAACCACUCACAAUUAUUGGGACAUUUAAGCUGUGUACAACAGCCUUAAAUAAUAGUUAUGGAGAUUUGGUGACCCUAAGAUUUGUUGCAGUCACUCUUUGCUGCAAUUCUCUAAAUGUGACCUUCAAAGAUUUUCUUACACCUCGCUUUCUGCCCUCCCUACUGUGCGUGGUGACAAGAUAAACAUGGGUCCUCAUGCAAUUGGUUGCAGUUCUAGUUGUUUACAACUUUUAAACCUUGACUAAUGCACCGAAGACCUCAUAGCCUCAGUUAAGGUCAGUAUUUAUGACUCAGAAAUAAGGAAGAGACUUGGCAAAAGUGGUAUCCAUGGGAGAGACCCAAGCUGAAAACCACUCCUGACAAAAAAGAACACAAAGGCCCAUCUUAAAUUUGCCAAAGCCACAUCUUGAUGAUCCCCAAGACUUUUGGAAAAAUGUUCUGUAGACUGCUGUCCAUGCAUCAGGACAAUGAUUUAAAGCACACCAGCAACAACGUUUUUGUGUAGCCUAGUCAAAGCCUAUAUUUGACUGUAAUACUGUGGCAAGAGUCCUUCACAGUGACGUAAAAAGCAUGGCUAGUUUUCACAAAUUCUUGAUUACAGCUGUUGGCGCCAAGGGUGGCAAAACCAAUAAGGUUGAGAGGGGAAAUUACUUUUUUAUAGUUCAUAGGUUUUUUUGUCAAGGAAAUCACCAUUUAAAAUUUGUGCUGCACUGUGACGCAGUGGAUAGCACUGUUGCCUUGCAGCAACAGAAGGUCUUGGGUUUGACUCCUGGCCAGGUCUUUCUCCCCGUGCAUGCAUGGUUCUCACCCGGUACUCCGGCUUGCUCCCACAGUCCAAGACAUGGCUGUUAGGUUAAUGGGUCUCUCUAAAUUGCCCUUAGGUGUGUGAAUGAGUGUGCAUGGUUCUUUGUGUGUUGCCCUGUGAUGGACUGGUGACCUGUCCAGGGUGUACCCCGCCUCCUGCCCAUAGACUGAAGAUAGACACCAGCUUCAUCAUGACCCACUGUGGAAGAAGUGGUAGAAAAUGACUUUGAGGCAUAGUAAGCAUAAGGUCAGGAUGUCCAGCAUUUUGAAGGAAGAAUAUAAGAAUGCACAGUAUUUUAGGUUUAAACAGAAAUGUGUACCUCCUUGUCUAUGUCUAUGAUAGUUUACCCUGCCUCCUGUCCAUAGACUGCUGGAGAUAGACACCAGCUUCCCCAUGACCCACUAUGGAAGAAGUGGUAUAGAAAAUGACUGACUGGCCAUUUAAAAAUGUAUUAACUUUGUCUGAUAUUAAGAUCUCUUUGAUGAUCUGAAACACUUAAUGGGAAAAUACCUUGUUACAGCGCUGUACAAAACUAGCAUACCUGACUCAACAUCCACUCUGUACCAGAUGCAACAGAAAUGUUUAGCGUUUUGCAUUAAACAGUGCCUCCUAGUUGCCAGACUGGUUGAAUGUAGUUAAGAAGUGAUGUCUUUGGUUUAUGAACAUCCAGCUGAGGAUUGCAUUCCUCCAUCCUCACUCACCAUGAAAUCAUGUAAAUAGUGGAGGCAUUUGUUUUUUAUUGUGUUUUGCUUGAGAAAUAUAUUUUGCUGAAAUAAAUUCAUACCACAUAAAUUCCUA